CCUGUUAUCACACACAGCAAUACUAGCAUCUCAUAAGCCUACAUCAUCUCUUGAGCCAGAGCCCCGCCCAACUCACCAGUCACCAUGGCCAAUUUCCAGAUAACUCCCUCCGCCGCGUUUGUAGAGAUCACUGAGCUCAACUUCAGCAACCUGUACCUUUUCCACACGCCCCUCGGUUCAAACCAAAAUCAGUCAGUUAUAAUAGACUCCAAUGCCACUACUGGUUUGGGUUCGACUGUUGUUAACAACUGGUCGAUAUGUGAUGGCCCUAGCCCUGGCGCCACUGUCGUUGCGCGUGCGCAAGGCCUGCAUAUCUAUGCUGGUAACUGGGAGAAUACUUUCAGCAUAACCUUUGAGAUUGAAAGGUUUAAGGGGUCAACGCUUCAAGUGAUGGGGAUAUCUGUUGAAGAAGGCGAGUGGGCUAUUGUUGGUGGGACGGGACAGUUUGCAAUGGCAAACGGUGUCAUCCACAAAAAGUUCCAUGAACAAAGGAGCGACGGUAACAUCAUAGAACUCACUAUCCAUGGGUUUUGCCCCGUGUUGAAAUCAGAGAGCCUUCUCACAAAGCUUGGACCAUGGGGUGGAAAUGGAGGGGAUGAUAAAGACAUUUUAGAGGCAGUACCAAGGCGUCUGGAGAGCAUCACAGUUAGCAGCGGCUCAAUUGUUGAUUCAAUCAAAUUUUCUUAUGUUGACCAGACUGGACAGAAGCACACCGCUGGACCAUGGGGAGGUUCGGGAGGAAAUCAAAACACGUUUGUGCUCGGCGCUUCUGAGUUUGUGAAGGAAGUUUCUGGAACAUUCGGCAUUUAUGACAAAGACCUACACAACAUAAUAACUUCCUUGAAAUUUAUCACCAAUGUGAAGACUUACGGGCCUUUCGGAGAAGCGAAGGGAACCCCUUUCACCAUAGCCGUGCAGAAGAAUAGUAGCAUCGUUGGGUUCUUUGCGCGCAGCGGGAUAUAUCUUGAUGCGCUUGGUGCCUACGUGCGCCCACUCUAACCAAUAGAGGCUAGUGUUCUUAUUUUCAGUGUUUGUUUCCAAUUCGAAUAACAAGAUGGGAUCGAGUAGUCCUUUCUACUCCAGAAGAUCCGAUGUAGCCCCCAUGUGGGCAUGUAGUUGUCUUUGUUGUGAUGAAUAAAAGGAUCAGUUUUUUUAUAUA